AAAAGGGGGUGAGGGCUCAGGCAGAUAGACUGCCGAGGUAAAAGGGGGUGAGGGCUCAGGCAGAUAGACUGCCGAGGUAAUGUUUCGCCUCACCUCUCGCCUCUCGCCUUGGCAUUCAUUUCAUUAUCAUUUCAUUAUCAUUUCAAUCCCAUCCAUCUCGUCUUCGAGAGAGAGAGAGAGAGAGUGACGAGUCGAGUUGAAUCGAAUCGACCGUGUAACAACACCAACACCAACAGCUCAGUCUUUGCUGCUUGGCGCUGCGAAGCAAGAAGAGAACAUCCGUCGUGUUGUGGAUUGUCAUUGGAGGAACAACCAACCAACCAACCAGGUACUGUGGCGGCAACGAGUUGUUUGUUGUUGUUGUUGUUGUGCCAGCAGACAGAAAUCAAGUCGAGCAACGCAACCAUGGCAUCCCCAAUUAUUGCGAACAGAGACAUGUGGCGCGGGCUACAGUUUCAGGUAGAGAUUCCUACUACUGGUCAAGUGCCAGGACAGCGAUCAGUCAUUGCACCAGAACUCCUCUUUUCUGGCCAGAAUGCCGAGACCAAAGUCGAUCCAAAGUAUCUCGACAAUCUUUCGCAAUUCCUCCUGACAAAGGUGGAGGAUGAUCAUCUUCGUUCUCAUAUUGUGACAGCAGAUUUGUUUAUCAAAGUAGUGGAUGGAUUGGAAACAGCAGAAGAUGGCGGCACUAUUUUACCUGUUUGGAGUGCAUUUGAACUGGAGGGAGUCCUCAGUGGACUUUUGAACAAUGCGGAGUUUGAUGCUGAAAAUGGUAUUCUCAUUCUAAUGUAUCUCCAACCUGAAGCUGGACAUGCAGAACGCCAUGGAGUGGUACCGGUACACAAUAAUAUGCUGGCGGCCCUUGAACUGGCGCCUACGGAUCUAACAGAAGAAGAGGCCAUGCUGUUGGAGCAUUUGAUGGGCUUGUCUUAGUCAGCAAAUCCAGACAAUGUCUGUGUAAUUUGUGUGAAGGCAUCCCCGCUGAGUGGCUGCUCGGAAGAUGUCAAUGUUCACCUAAUUCAGGUGCUUUCGUCGUUGGUACAGGAUGGUGGAAUCGAAUCGAAUCGAAUCGAAU